GGGAUUUAUACCAUGACACAUGACCUUGUAAAAAGAGCUACGCUAAAGUGUUUUUUUUUAAAGUGAGGUAAUUAGUUUUUUAUGGAGCGUGAUGGUGUCUGCCAAUAGCAAUGCAAUAGUCAACAAACUAGCUAUUCGAGCGGAGCCAAGUUGAACUAAUAUAAAUGAAGAUUUUACUGCCCCAUUUUUGACACCUCUUACAUACAAUUGGCACAAAGAGAGAGCUGUGAAAGUUGCAACUAUAAACUUUUUGAGAAUAAUACCACAUUUUGCAGUAGACUUUAACUAGAAAAUGGCCAAAAUUGGAUCGAGGCAUCAGUGAAAGGAAUUAUUGAAAUCUAUAAGUGAGCUGUUUGUAACGUAAUAUCCUUUUCUUUGUUUUUCUUAUUUUUUGUUUAGCCGGUUAUUCGAAAUUGGCGCAAAGUAGAGCGAUAAAUGUGCGAUAAAUUGAAGUGCAUCUGUGACCAUAGGAUACCACAACACUACGUAUUAGUAGCAUCAAAAUUCUCAUACCACCACCGUUGUUAUCAGACAUUAAGCCCUUGUUUCCAUUUCACUCUAACAUUGUUUCCAUUUCGACACAGGCACGCACCAUUUGAAGCCUGGAGGGAAUUGAAUUAACUGGCACUUUCCAACGCUUAGCUCUUAGAUUUGCCAGCCUCUUCCUUAUAGACUUUAUCUCUCGCAAUUACGGACGGCGGUUGUAUUUCACAUCGAUCAAUUACAAAAAUCCCCGCCUUCUUUUCUUUGCAGCCUUCAAAGACAAAUUUAAAUUGGGGUUGUAUAGCGGAGCGAAGUCUGGGUUCAAACUGUGUAGAAAUUGAACCUUAGGGAAAUCAAUCUAGGUGUCAUGACAGAAAGUUCUAACUAAAAAGUCAAAUUUUAACCCUCCCCCUUCAAAAGUCACGUGGUACUAGUCUUAGUCGUUUGCAAUAACAAUAACCUGUGAGCGUCUUCAACAACCUGGGGAUCUUAAGGGCAAUAAUUGAGCAGCAUUUUACGCCAUAAAAAUAACCAUCAAGGUUGUAAACUUGAUUUUGGGUCACGAAGUAGGAUUUGGUUCAUUUAAUCCUGACUUGGAUUGCUCUUACCUUUAUUACAGCUUAUCAACAUUAUUACAACUUGCGGACGUUCUUUAUCAUCAAUAUCCGCAUCAAUAGACACAUUUUUGCAUUUAUAAACAGUUGAAAAGAAUAAAAACAGUUACCAUUUCAACGCCUCAUAUUUGCAUUUUGUUCCGUAUUUAUUACACUGUUUUUUGUUUAUUUUUUACAUCAAUGACGGUUGUGCUGUUCUCAGUUCAGAAAUUACCACAACUAUUUUAUUGAAAAUUAUUAUAAUUUAAAAUUUUGUUCGAAAAUGUUGGACAAAAUGCGCAAAGUUUCCACUGCUUUCCGGCUUCGAGCCGUGAAGAACACUGCACAUGUGCGGAUUGAAUCAGGCGGCAUUUUGGCUGUUGUUUCAGACCAGGAUCCGGACGAAAUAGGAGCAGACAUGAUCCGCCACCGACCCUCCAGCAUCAAACAUCUGGCCACCACCAGCGGAUUCUCAGAGCAACAGCUCAAGAUACUCUAUAGGGGAUUCAAACAGGAAUGUCCAAAUGGGUUUUUGACGGAAAAUCGUCUGAAGAAUGUAUUGACUCAGCUUUUCCCAUUUGGAGAUACUUCGGCCUAUACAAAAAAUUUAUGGCGUGCUAUCAAUCCAAGUGGACUAACUCUUUUGAGCUUCGAGGACUUUCUCGCUUCUCUCACAGUGUUGCUCCUUGGAUCUUCAGAGGAUAAGAUUAUGUGGGUGUUCAACCUCUACGACACAGAUCAAGAUGGUUGCAUCAAUGUGAACGACCUUGGCAAGACGAUAGAAGCCAUUCAAGAUCUGAUCAAGCCAGCCAAUGGAACCAAUGACAACGUUGAGCCUUUCGAAUCUGCCUUCAGACGCUCACUCUCAAGACUAGAUGCUGACCGAGAUGGAGUCAUCUCUCGCGAGGAGUUCUUCCGAUACAUGAAACGGAGAGACAUUGAAGAAAUUCUGACGUCGUUUGAUGUUAAUUUGAUCACAACAGCUCGAUAGCAGACCAACACACACACAGACGAAUCGAUAAAAACGAGACAUGGAAAACUAUAUUAGAAACAUCUCGAAAUUUUAAUCCAUUUUUUUUAUAAUAAAAUUUUGAUUAUAAACAAUAGUUAGUGAAACUCGUAUCCAAUGACUUGAGUUUCAAAAUUUGUAUUUAGAAGCGUAGUUUGCAU